GAUUUGUUUCCUUUUUGACUUUGGACAAACAACAGUAGUUCUUAAGCAAUUGCUGUCAACCAAUUCAUAUGGCCCUUUUUUGAGGCAAAUUCCUCGCGAUCAAGAUGGGCGAUGAUCGUAAGAGGUGAUCCUAGCCUAUCAAAAUUAGCGACGCUCAGCGCAGCGCAUCUUGGAGCUUCACGGACAGCUUCCCCGCCACAUCCGAAUGUUCUUACAACACUCUUCGAAUUUUUGUCUUCAGCAGAAGAGCAAGCAAUCCCUCAAAUUGCAGCGCUAGAUGGCAAUGGCAGUGAUAAUCCAAACAUCGAUACUCUAGUCAAAGUAAUCACGACGUCAUUCGCCCGUCGCAAUCAUGGGUUUAUUCAACGUCCGGGAUGUCGUCCCAUUUCCCGCCGGAGACAACUCGAGCGACACAAUAUUUGAAGGCAUCCAUUGGAACUUAACAACCCUGAACCACUGGAACUACACACACUACUCGAAUGGCACUAUCUCCAACGGCUCAUCAUGCUUCCUUCUCUUCAAGCCCUACACACCUUUUCUCCUCCAAAACGGAACAUUCCUAAAUAGCACAUCAUGCUACUCGCCUAUCAAACCCCUGGGUGCGCGCUCGGGAAUCGGCAUCGCAUUCGCAAGCAUAUUCUUUCUGAGUAUUAUGUUCACAUUUGUUAACUUACGGAAACACGGACGUUUAUUUCUACCAACAGAGAAGAGGUUUCGAGCUGUGGGACGACGAUGGCAGUGGUAUUGGAUGUUGGUUACGGCGGCGCUUGCAACAAUUAGUGGCAUUACGGGGGUGGAUGUUGAUCGAUAUUAUCUUCCUCAGUUACCCAUGGUUCUUACGAAUUUCUUCUGGUUUUUGAUGCUGCCAUGUACGAUGGCAAUCGUUUGGGAGAGCGUGAGGCAUUGGGGAAGUUGGCAGGAGAGACAGAUGAUUGAUCCGAAUCCCUUUGCUUUGAGACAGGAUGAUAGAAGGUCCCAGGUCGAAUUUUUUCUACCGUUGGUAUUUUACUUGUUUUGGUGGCUGGUAUGUAUCCCAUUCUAAAUCCUAAACGCUUUGCUAACAACCAUAAAGGCCUUCUUCAUGAUAGUCCCCCGCUCUUGGGGCUCCAUUGAGAAGCAGCGAGAUAUCGAUCAAGCACGCCUUAUAGCAGAACCCCACGCAACAGACACCCGCUUCAAAGCGGCAGCCUUUCUCUUGUUCUGUGGAUGGAUGACCACCGUAUUUUCCCUCCACCACUCCAUCAAACACUACAAACCCAGAAACAGAGGACUCUCCAAUCGUGCAAUGGGCCUUCUAAAAUAUAUACCAACCAAAUUCCUCCUUACCCUCCCCCUCUCCCUUUUAAUGAUCGGCUAUCAAGCAGCCAUCGCAUUCAGCUUCUCAAUCUCACCUUUAAACUACAUAGACCCCCAUCUCGCAACAAUCUACGCCCUCGGCUGGGGACCCAUCACUUUAAUCUUGCUUGUUUACGAGGUAGCGGGGUACUUUGAUCCAAACGAAGAUAAAGAACUCCUUCGCCAACGACGUAUUCGUGGGCAAGAAGCCGAUCUCGAAAUUGGAAUCGUGAAAAAACCAAACUGGUGGUCCCGACUCCAUGGCAACAAUGAACCCAUCAGUGUAAGUGCCACCAUCGCGCGAAAUGUCAAGGAAAUAGGUGGUGGGCAGGCGACGACAAAGAAUCUCGAACGGAACAUCGAAAUGGGAAACAUACCCGUAACCAAAACUGGGGAUCCUGAGACUUCUGGUGCGCUUGGAAGUCCGGAAGGCAUUGAGGCUGUGAGGUUGGCGGCGGGGAUUUUGUUCCCUGCACAGAAUAAUAUGGCGAGUCCAGCCGAGGAGCGGUAUUCAGAUCAACUUGGGAGAGGGAGGAGAGAAGACGAACGGACGCCUCCUAGGGUUCAGAGAACGACGACGACAAGUAACAGGAGUGAGAGUACGAACAGUGGGACGACGUUGGGGAGGUAUCCGCAGCAGGUCCGGUCGAUGUUGGAUGUAUGAAUGGAAUGUAAUGAUUUUCUUCUUACGACAUGUGGGGUGUAGGAAUCUGGAAUUGUAAGUAUGGCGCUGGGGGCACUCUUUGGGAAAUCUGGCGUUUUGAAUUGGAAGGAUGGAUGGAUAUCCAAGAACUUGGGGAUCUUGAGAUGAUUUGAUGAUUCUAUCAGGAGAAUAUGGAUUGGACUAACUGAGUAAGAAAUGGGAAUAGGAAAGCAACGAAAAUAUGGAGGGAGCUGCAGACUAUAGCAUUUCCACAUAAUUGGUAACG